AUGUCAUAUUCCGGAUAUGAUAUAUGUUCCAGUAUAAUCUAUAUCGCUGUGAUUGUAGGUGGGACAUUUGGUAAUGAUCUUGUGUGUUAUAUUGUGUAUACAAAUAGGAAUCUACGGACUUCUCCAAAUUUUCACCUGAUAUCAUUGGCCGUGGCGGAUUUAAUAGUAUGUACAACGACUUCACCCAUAAGAUUGGUUGUCACUGUGAAACGUCUUGUCACGUCUGUAAUAUAUACCAACGAUUUAGAAUGUUUCGGGCAGACAUUGACGUUUUAUUCGUCUAUUAUUACAACUUUUAUUACGCUAGCAACCAUAAUUUUAACGAGAGCCGUCGGCAUCACCAAUAGGGUACUUCUCGACACUAUGAGGAAAGUGAUUUACGUGUUUAUUGCUAUCAGUUACUGUAUAGGUUUUGGUUACGGGAUAACAAGAGCAAGCCUUGGUAAAGAAGGUCCAUGCGGAGUAACUACAGUCAAACAGCAAGUAAAAAUAUCAGGAAUGAUUGGUGUUGUUAUUACUUGGGUAUCGUUGCUUAUAGUUAUAAUAUCAAAUUUUUGUAUCUGUUACAUUACGCAAAGCAACCAAAGAGCACUGAAAAGUGUACUGGGCGACGGCGGACGACAUGGGAAAUCAACAAACAUUGCAACUGUCAAACUGUCACUUCGUCUUGUUGUUUGUUUCAUUGUCAGUUACUUACCAGGAGCAAUUCAAGGAUUUCUCGUAUCAAAUGAACUUGUAGAUAGAACCCCCUAUCUUGCCAAUCUUUUUGCUGCUAUUGCCUGUACAGGAAGCGCUGUGAAUCCUCUAAUAUAUACAUUGACGUCAUCAACAUUCAAGAACCACCUUCCAUGGAAGAAAUCUUAG